GGGACUUAGCGCGUGAGUCUUCGUCCUCGUUGUCGCCAUGCCCGCCGACAUCAGCCAGUGGUCCGGGCCGCUGAGCCUGCAGGAGGUGGACGAGCGCCCUCAGCACGCGCUGCGGGUCGCCUACGCCGGGGUGGAGGUGGACGAGCUGGGCAAAGUGCUGACGCCCACCCAGGUUCAGAAUAGGCCCAGCAGCAUUUCGUGGGAUGGCCUUGACCCAGGGAAACUCUACACCCUGGUCCUCACCGACCCGGAUGCUCCCAGCAGGAAGGACCCCAAAUUCAGGGAGUGGCACCAUUUUCUGGUGGUCAACAUGAAGGGCAAUGACAUCAGCAGCGGCAAGGUCCUCUCUGAUUACGUGGGCUCUGGGCCUCCCAGUGGCACAGGCCUCCACCGCUACGUCUGGCUGGUGUACGAACAGGACAAGCCACUGAACUGUGACGAACCCAUCCUCAGCAACAGGUCAGGAGAUCAUCGCGGCAAGUUCAAGGUGGCGGCCUUCCGCAAGAAGUAUCACCUGGGAGCCCCCGUGGCAGGCACAUGUUACCAGGCGGAGUGGGACGACUACGUGCCCAAGCUGUAUGAGCAGCUCUCUGGGAAAUAGAGGUGCCGUGGAGGCCAGCGGUCCUGGGGACCCCCACAGUAUUGUCGAGUUGUACAAAGCAUGCUGUUUCUCCUUCUUCCUUCCUACCCCUCGCAGGGAGUCCCGAGCUGUGCUAGGAUAGAGGUGUAGGGUGAUUUUCUGCUGCCUAUCCUUAGGAUUCUAAUAAUCGUAUCCGGGUUUAUGUUUGCUCGAAUUUAGUCUCCAUCUAGGGGGUGUUUGGUGUUCUGAUGGAGUCCUUGUAUUGUUAAUUUAAGAUUUGCAACUCUGAAAAGUAAAGACACUCUGCCCCAUGUGAGGGUGAGGGCUAGUGUUGUCUGUACGUGGUUUGACAAGGACUCGCCCAGAACCAGGCAUGGUGGCAUCUUCUGAGAUGUGUUUUUAAAGUUCUGUCCCCAACUGGGACAACACAAGGCUUCCAUUUCAGCUGGGGCAGGCGGCUGCACAGGUGUUGGUGUCCUGUAGCUCUAAAGAACAGGGCUACUGUGCUGAGGCGAGGCCCCAGAGAGAGGGCUAAGUCUUGCUUCUCAGCAUGAGUAAAAGUUCCUGGAGUUGCUUGGUGUGUUAAUCUUGUCUGUACAUCAUCAAAUAAAAAUAAAGGCAUUGAAUUUAGA